CAACCCAAGCUUUAGCCAAACACAAACCCCUCCACUUUCCCUUUCAAUCUUCCCUCCUUCCCUCCCUCCUUCCUUCCCUCCUUUAGUAGUUUUGUAGCCACCACCACACAUAAAACUCAAAAAUUCUAUCCAACUCCCUGUCCAUGGCGGCCGCCGAUCCAACUCAGUUGCAGCAACUCGCCCUCCUUGUCGGCCCCGACCCCACUCACUUCGAAACCCUGGUAAACCACCUCAUGUCUUCCUCCAAUGACCAACGUUCUGCGGCAGAGUCAUUCUUCAACAUCUGCAAGCAAGCUCACCCUGACUUACUCCUCCUCAGACUUGCUCAUCUGCUCUCAUCCUCGGCCAAUCCUGAGGUUCGCGCCAUGUCCGCUAUCCUCCUCCGCAAGCACCUUACUCGCGCGACUGCCAACGAUGACUCGUUCCUCUACCCCAAGCUCACCGAGUCAACUCGCUCUGCCAUUAAGAAUAUACUACUCUCUUCUCUUCAGCGAGAGACUACAAAAUCGAUAACUAAAAAGAUAAACGAUACGGUUUCAGAGCUCGCUGCAUCUGUUUUGCCGGAUGGUGGGUGGCCUGAGCUGCUGCCGUUCAUGUUUCAAUGCGUGACCUCACAAAAUCAUAAUCUCCAAGAAUCGGCGCUUUUGAUUUUUGCGCGUUUGGCUCAGUUUGUUGGCGAAACCCUAAUUCUCCAUUUGAGUACUCUUCAUGAACUGUUUUUAAAAUGUUUAAGUAAUUCUACGAGUGCCGAAUUGAGAAUUGCAGCUUUAAAUGCAACAAUUAAUUUCAUACAAUGCUUAUCAAACAAUAACGAUCGCGAAAAGUUUCAGGAUUUGUUGCCAUUAAUGAUGCGGACUUUGACCGAAGCAUUGAAUAGCAAACAAGAGGCGACGGCCCAAGAAGCGCUUGAAUUGUUGAUUGAAUUAGCAGGGAGCGAGCCUAGAUUUUUGAGGAAGCAAAUAAUGGAGGUUGUAGGCUCCAUGUUGCAAAUAGCGGAGGCGGAGAGUUUAGAGGAAGGGACGAGGCAUUUGGCGAUAGAGUUUGUAAUUACGCUAGCUGAGGCGAGAGAGAGGGCGCCCGGACUGAUGAGGAAGUUUCCGCAGUUUGUGCAUAAGCUGUUUAUGGUGUUAAUGACGAUGUUAUUGGAUAUAGAAGAUGAUCCUGUGUGGCAUAGUGCAGAGACUGAGGAUGAGGAUGCUGGGGAGACUAGUAAUUAUGGGUUUGGGCAGGAGUGUUUGGACAGGCUAUCGAUUUCUCUUGGUGGGAAUACUGUGGUUCCAGUUGCUUCUGAGGUUUUGCGGGGCUUCUUGGCAGCUCCAGAGUGGGAGAAGCAUCAUGCUGCACUCAUUGCACUGGCACAGAUCGCCGAGGGUUCCUCAAAGGUGAUGAUAAGGAACCUCGAGCAGAUAGUUUCUAUGGUUUUAAACUCAUUCCAAGAUCCCCAUCCCCGUGUGAGGUGGGCUGCUAUAAACGCAAUUGGACAAUUGUCAACUGACCUGGGCCCUGAUUUGCAAAUAAAGUAUAAUCAGCAAGUGCUUCCUGCUUUGGCUGGAGCAAUGGACGAUUUUCAGAAUCCUCGAGUUCAGGCGCAUGCCGCGUCAGCAGUACUUAAUUUCAGUGAAAAUUGUGCUGCAGAUAUACUGGCACCAUACUUGGAUGGAAUUGUAAGCAAACUUCUUGUACUCCUCCAGAAUGGCAAGCAAAUGGUGCAAGAGGGUGCCCUGACAGCUUUAGCAUCAGUUGCUGAUUCAUCACAGGAGCAAUUUCAGAAAUAUUAUGAUGCUGUAAUGCCUUACUUGAAAGCCAUACUGGUGAAUGCAAAUGACAAGUCUAAUCGCAUGCUUCGUGCAAAAGCUAUGGAGUGCAUUAGUUUGGUUGGGAUGGCUGUUGGAAGGGACAAAUUUAGGGAUGAUGCUAGGCAGGUUAUGGAUGUCUUAAUGUCACUUCAAGGAUCUCAAAUGGACGCAGAUGAUCCAACAAUAAGCUACAUGCUACAAGCAUGGGCCAGGCUUUGCAAAUGCCUCGGGAAGGAUUUUCUUCCAUAUAUGAAUGUUGUCAUUCCCCCUCUGCUUCAGUCUGCACAGCUUAAGCCUGAUGUAACAAUUACUUCUGCAGAUUCAGAUGUUGAUAUUGAUGAUGAUGACAGCAUUGAAACAAUUACUCUUGGGGAUAAAAGAAUAGGGAUCAAGACUAGUGUUCUGGAGGAAAAAGCUACAGCAUGUAACAUGCUUUGCUGCUAUGCUGAUGAAUUGAAGGAAGGAUUUUUCCCGUGGAUUGAUCAGGUAGCUACUACAUUGGUUCCUCUCCUUAAGUUUUAUUUCCAUGAAGAAGUUAGGAAGGCUGCAGUUUCAGCUAUGCCUGAACUAUUACGUUCAGCUAAGCUAGCUAUAGAAAAGGGUCAAUCUCAUGGACGGAAUGAGUUGUAUUUGAAACAAUUGUCCGAUUACAUUCUUCCUGCUUUGGUGGAGGCUUUACACAAGGAGCCAGAGGUGGAAAUUUGUGCAAGCAUGUUGGAUUCAUUGACUGAAUGUAUACAGGUUUCUGGACCUAUUUUAGAAGAAAGCCAAGUAAGGUCCAUUGUGGAUGAGGUGAAACAGGUCAUCACAGCCAGUGCAGCCAGGAAACAGGAAAGAGCAGAGAGGGCCAGAACAGAGGACUUUGAUGUAGAAGAAGGGGAGUUACUAAAGGAAGAAAAUGAGCAAGAAGAAGAACUCUUUGAUCAAGUUGGUGAAUUAUUGGGCACGCUAAUUAAGACCUUUAGGGUCUCUUUCUUGCCUUUCUUUGACGAGCUCUCAUCUUACAUAACACCCAUGUGGGGUAAGGAUAAAACAGCAGAAGAGAGGAGAAUUGCCAUUUGUAUAUUUGAUGAUGUUGUGGAGCAAUGCCGGGAAGCAGCUCUUAAAUAUUAUGAUACUUAUGUUCCUUUCCUUUUGGAGGCCUGCAAUGAUGAAAAUCCAGAUGUUCGUCAGGCAGCUGUUUAUGGGGUUGGUGUUUGUGCAGAGUUUGGUGGAUCUGCGUUUAAACCACUUGUUAGGGAGGCCCUUUCUAAGCUGAAUGUUGUAAUAAGCGAUCCUAGUGCACAUCUUCCGGACAAUGUUAUGGCAUAUGACAAUGCUGUUUCAGCGCUUGGAAAAAUAUGCCAGUUCCAUCGGGAUAGUAUAGAUGCAGCACAGGUAUUCCCUGCUUGGUUAAGCUGCUUACCAAUAAAAAGUGAUCUAAUUGAGGCAAAGCUUGUGCAUGACCAGCUUUGCUCAAUGGUUGAACGGUCGGAUAGAGAACUUUUAGGAAUGAACAAUCAAUAUCUUCCCAAAGUUGUCCAUGUUUUUGCUGAGGUCAUAUGUGCAGGUAAAGACUUGGCAACAGAGCAAACUGUUAGUCGAAUGAUUAAUCUAUUGAGGCAGCUUCAGCAGAUGUUACCGCCUGCCACCCUAGCAUCAACCUGGUCGUCCUUGGAGCCACAACAGCAACUUGCCUUGCAAUCUAUUCUGUCUUCUUAGUUCCUCAGGAGAUGGUGGAAUUCUGUUGUUAUUUCCUUGGUGAAGCUGCAUUAAGUUAUCCUUAAUCCCUUUCAUUUGUGGGUAUGUCAUUGUUCCUCUUCGGGAAGUAGCUGUGUCCGGUGAUUGGAGUUCUUUCUGUGGUGGUGGGCAUUUCGUUGUUUUUGGGGGAUGCCUUCAUGUAUACGUGUGCAUAUUAUUAUGUGUUAAUAUCUCCUCUCUUUUUUUUUUCAUCAACUGUUCUGUAAAGAAAUUUCUAUGGAGUGGUUCUUCAUUUGAUUUGGAGGGGAAAAACAGGAAAAGUUUUGGAGUAGAAUGUGUGAAUUAUGAGUGCUAUUCAUUGAUAAGAAUGAAUAGGGAGUUACCAAAAAUUUACAGGUCGUUGAUUGGAUGUCCAGGUUGGUGUGGCUAAGGUUGAGGGCUUGAGGCUUGUGAAUGGCGCCAUUUUUGUAACUCAAAUGUUGGGAAAUGGUUUAUAUAUAUAUAUAUAUUUGGUAGAAGAGUGUGCAUCAUCCUACUAAAUUUUGUGUUAGUAGCGAGGAUGAUUUCAAUACAAGCUAGCUGAAAAGUUAUUUAUUUUCUUUGGUACCUUGCUUGAGGCGAUUUUGCAAUUUAGUGGGUGUGAUCAUUUUCAUGCUA